AUGUCUACACUUUUCCGCUGUGAUACCAUUGAGCCUUAUCGCUCUCAGUAUCUCUCCCAUCAGUCUAAGUUCAACAGCUUCAUGUCAUGGGGGUCUUCUCCCAAGGAAUCUACUCUCGAUACCGGUGAUAUCCAGCAUGACCUCUCCCAGCUCGACCCAUCUUAUGCGGUUCAGCUUUCUAAACGGUACUUCAUCCCUCAAGACUCGUCCGAAGGGCAAUACAUCGAAGAGUCUGAACAAUACUUGAUCCAGGCCAACUUCAAGAAGGCCAAUACCUAUAAGAACUACAAGUGCCGUGGCCACAACAAUUUUCUUGAAGUAAACAUUUAUCAGAAAGACCCUGUCAACAAACAUCACUGGGGUGCUGACAUCGCCUGGCCUGCUGGCUCAACCGAUCUUUGA